CUCUCAAUGUGUGCGACUGUCUCAGGCUGCUCUAUAAAAGCUCCUGUACGCUCUCUCCUUAAUGCUAUUGCGUCAUUCAGAUCUGACUGAAACCGAAAGAUGAAUUGGGGUCAACUACAUCUCAUUCUCGGAGGGGUCAACAGACACUCCACCAGCAUCGGGAAAAUCUGGCUCUCUGUAAUCUUCGUCUUCCGAAUCAUGAUUCUGGUGGUGGCGGCCGAGAGUGUUUGGGGAGAUGAGCAGUCAGAUUUUGUCUGCAACACCCUGCAGCCCGGCUGCAAGAAUGUGUGCUACGACCAAUUCUUCCCAAUGUCUCACAUUCGUCUCUGGUGCCUGCAAGUGAUUUUUAUCUCCACUCCAGCCCUCUUGGUGUCGCUGCAUGUUGCCUACAAGCAGCACGAAGAGAAGAAAUGUUUGGAGAAACGGCAGGGCUUUCUUAAGAAGGAGGAAGUGGAUGCCCUGAGGAAGCAGAAAAUGCGGAUUGUUGGUGCUUUCUGGUGGACCUAUGUCACCAGCAUUGUCUUUCGCAUCCUGUUCGAGACAGUUUUCACCUACAUGCUGUAUUUCCUAUACGGUGGUUUUCAGAUGGCUCGACUAGUGAAGUGUAGCGCCUCCCCCUGUCCCAACACCGUGGAUUGUUUCAUUUCUAGACCCACCGAGAAGACGGUGUUCAUCAUCUUCAUGACGGUGGUGUCCGGGGUCUGUGGCCUCUUGAAUGUGGCCGAACUGUUUUAUUUGUUGGUGAAAGCUUGUGUGAGGCAGUCCCGCCGCAGGCACCAUCCUCACCAUCUCUCCAGGAGUAGAGAGCACCAACAGAACGAGAUGAAUGAACUCCUGUCCAUUGACGCCAAACAGAAGGCGGCCUUGGAGCUGAGCAAAACCUCCUGAGUCGAGGUUGAUCGGUCAGUGUUAACACCGUGACUUCAACGAUAACGAUUAUAUCGUAGCAAACUGACCGACGUUUUCAGCUGAAUACUUCACUUGGUUUCCAGCCGACACUUUUUUAAAAAUAGCAGGAAGUUGCUCCAAGCGCACACCCGGCACUAAUUUGGCCACACUACCGAUGUUGUCUUCAGAUGUUCUGUCAGGAGUUAGUGCACCGUCAGUGGUGGACAGUGAAACCGCCACAGUUCAAUUGGACUUCACAAUGUAUAUAUCACUGCCAGUGGAUUAACCCUAACCAAUGCACCUUUAAAACCGUGUUGAUACAGUAGUGUAGAGUCACUUAUCGUUGUAUUAAUGAAGUGUUCAGUAUUAAACGCACUGCCCACUCUGUUAUGAAGAAUACUCUGCCUGUGGCCACUGGGUGGCACGCGCUACUACGAAUUCGCGGUUUUCUGUACUUUUUAA